AACCGGAAGUACCCACUGUGGCACUUCCGGUUUCUCCGAGCCCCGACGGCCCGGUUUAAAGCAGCGUGCGCAGCUGAGCCGCCACGCAUGUCCCGUCCCUGCCGGAUGCCAGAUAACAGAGCUUUUACUGUAGUUAGCAAGUGCAUGCUGGCUGUUUGUGAUCACAGCCUUUCCUCCUCCGAGGCUAGGGGCAGACGUUCAAAAGCCGGAACCUGAAUUGAUUCACCAUUUGCAGGAAAUCAGAAAGUUUGGGUGAAAUUUCUGUCACCAAAACUCAAAAUGGUCUCACUGACAAGCUGGAUUCCUGUCUACAUAACUAUUCUUCUUCACUUACAUAUCUGGAAAGCAAGGGUUUAUGCCUCUGGAACAUCUGAAGAGGAUGGAGUAGAUGUCACAUAUGUUAUCAUAGGAGUUACUCUUGGAGCCAUUUUAGCUAUUGGUUUUAUAGCAUUAAAGAUCUGCAUGAUCAAAAGACAAUUGAUUGACAAUAUCCUUGGAGAGUCAGACGGCAAAAUGGAACGAAGGUCACAGCAAGGAUCAAGUGGGAACAGAGAAGCCACCUUACCGAAACCAGAAAAUACAAAUGAUCUCUGACUGUUUUGAACUGGGGUGCAUUCAGGCAGAAAGUCACAUACUGCUGUGCCUAUUCUAUUACUCAAUGGAAGGCUUUUGUUCGUGGACUUUUGUU